AUGUGGCUUUCAACAAUGAGAAAUUUUCCACUAGCCAGCCAGGAAGCUUCUGGAGCAUUAGAAGCAUAUCAUGUUAAACUGAAAGCUAAACUUUUUGAUGAUUCACAUCUUGGAGCACUGCAAAGAGUAGAUUGGUUAGUCCACAAGCUAACAACUGAGUUGCAUUCGAGCUACUGGCUCGAUCGCUUUGCUGAUGAGAGUGAUUCGUUCCAGAGUGUGAAGGAGGAAUACAUUGCUUCUACGUCGUGGCACCGAGCACUUCGAAUCCCCAACGAUGCCGUUACUUUCAAUGAUAAAGACAGCUUCUUUGCCAAAGUUGUUAGCCAGAAAGAGAGCAAAUCGACACGUAUAGUGUGGAAUCCAGGAUCUGAAUUUGCAUUCUGUGACUGUUCUUGGUCAAUGCAAGGUAACCUUUGCAAGCACGUCAUAAAAGUAAACAUGGUCUUUGAAAACAUCAAAGGUUGUCAACCAUCCAUGUCAUUGAAAUCAUUUGAAGACAUUUUGAUAGAUCUAUGGAGAAAACCAGUGGAUGGUUCCGUUGCAUUGGAUCUGUCUCUGGCUUGGACGCAGCAGAUCCUAGAUCAAAUCGAAAAACUCGUCGAACUGAAUAACUCGCCGGAUAUUGGCACUGUUGUUAACAAAAUGCCUUUGAAUUGGGUUUCCAAGAAAGGUCGAACCUACAACGGCAAACCAACGUUGCGUUACACUCUUCCACCGGCUAACAGCAACCCCAAAAGUUUGAUUUUGUUGGCAACGAAAAUGGAGCAGAAGAGAGAAGAUUUGAUGCUGAAGAAGAGUGGCGGUGAAGCAAAAAGGGUUUUAAUGUUCUUGGGGCAAAUUUCUAAAUCAUUUUAA